AUUGAAUGACGUCAUUAUUUCAUCAUAGGAAACACAAAUUUUAUUUUCGUGGGCCGUGGUAGUCACUCACCAAUAACUCAAUAGCUGUGUCCCUUACUUCUCACACAAAUUAAUAAUAUAAUAUCUCACUCACAAGUCUAGAGGUAGACAACUGUGAAUCCACAGGCUUAUGAAAAACAACUCAAUAAAUUCAAUAUAUUUUAUAGCACACCCUAGGACAAAGGUCAGUAUAUUAUUAUAAUUAAAUAUAGAUAGCCCAAGUAUAAUAAUUGUUUUACUAAAAAACAACGUAGUAGUAAAGUAUUUAGGCAAUUUAAUAUUGGUACUUAUAUAGACGAAUUGAGAAAGGGCGGUGGGUGGUUUAGGAUCAAACACCCCGGCUCGACCGUGUCUUUAUACUCUAGUUUUAUUUUUAUAGCCGACUAACAUAUUUUAAAUUAUUUAUGUACGAUUUUUGAUGACAAUGAUAAUAUGACCAUAUUUUUUUUUACUCCUAAGUAGAUACCAAUAAACAGAUACGAUUGGGGAACAGAAAUUGUUAUCAAUAUAUUCUAGAAAUUAGUGAGUGCAGGUAAACAUAAACACUAGGUAUCCCAAAAGACGCAAAAUAAAGAGCUGUCUUGUUAUGACAAUAACAAUAACGAUUAUUGCUAUCACUUAUCAAAAUGUUUGACAUAGUGUAUGGAUUAAAAGCUAUUAUCAAUAAUGACUACAUUAUAAAGUACCUAACUAUAUAUUAUAAAGAAAAAUUGUGUUAGAAUUUUGAAGAGAGGUAUGCAAUAAUCUAAAGAUAUUUUUUUAAAACAUCUCUCCUCCACCGUGAAAUUACUCAUUUGUACAUUAUUAAAAUACCCAUUUAAUGUUACUUUUAAGGGUUAAUCCUAUGUUUCACAUAUUCGUUGUUUUAUUAUUCAAAUUUAAUAUUUAUAUGUAUAUAAAAUUUAUCUAUAAAUGAAAGCUUAUUUUCGUUGGUAAGCAUAUAGAUAUCUUGAAAAUUGAUAAACCGAUUUGGCCGAUUUUAGAUUCGGAGCGUAGCAAGAGAUCUUUUCUACAAAAAAUCUUGCUCCAAUCGAAAAAUGAUGAGAUAUUGAUUUUGUUCCUUUAAUAUGAUAUAGCCAUCCAGAGUACCCGCAGGGGGUACUGGUGGAGCCAUGUCCCCCUCGCUAUAUUAGUUAAUAUUAAAUAUUAAUUGUUUUAUUACUAGCAUGGCUUAAAUAAUUCAGCCAUGAUUACUUGUAAGUUGUAAGUUAUAAAAAAAAAAAUCGUAUACUUUUAACUUUGUCUCUCUCCCCCCGUUUAUAUUUCUACGAGCGCACUUAAUAGUCAUUGUCAAAGACAGUAAUUUUAGUUUCCGAGUGGUGCGAAAAAGCUUAUGGUUUUACAAAGAUUUUUUUUUUGUAUUUUUAUCUGUUAACAAGUUUUCUACCUGAAGACUUGCUCUGAUUUCUAAGUGUACCAUCUUUUUAUAUAGGAAAUCGGUUGGGAAGGUACUUAAUGGAGGUUAUUUUUCGAUUUUCUCAGGAGUUUUCUCAUAAAAUUGAAAAAACGAAAAAAAAAACGAUAUAUAUUACUGUUUUUUUUUCCUGUUAACAACUUAUAAUGAUAGCAAUUUUUCUAAAAGAAAAUGUCACCAGGUAGAUACUUAGAAGAGGUCGUUUUUCAAUUUUCUCAAGAGUUUCCCCAGCAAAUAUGAAAAACCGGUAAAAACGUAGGGAAAUUGGGAAAAUCGGUACAACAUUAAACAAUUAUUAUUAAAGUAAAUAUAUAAAGCCUAUUUAAUUAUUUUAAAAUAAAAUGACAUAUGUUGUUAACAAAGUAUCACUAUCAACUGAAUUUCGCUCAGAAUUGUUUUUUCAAUGGAUUAUCGUUGCUUACAGGUAUACAUGAAAUCAUUUAUAACAGUGGUUGCACCCGUCUCCAUUAUCCUAGAACGUCUUUUUUGAUGUCUAAAGUAGUUUUCAUAUUAAUUGGGAAAAACCAAAAAAGACGAAUAAUAAAAUUUCUUCAAAUUAUUGCACAAUGGUUUUAUUAUUAAUAAUCAUUUUUAAGAUUAUAUUUUUUUACUAAACAUUUUUAUCAAAAUUUCAAAAAUAGUAUAUUUUCAGUAAAUUUUGUCUAGUUUGUGAGUAUGAAUAAUCGUUGUUUGAUUUUUCGUAUAAUUUUCUUUAUAAUUACGAGAAAUUGGAAAAAAAACGCCGAAAUGUGUGGCAUUUGGGUAUUUUGUUGUUUUUCGGUUAAAAAUUUUUAUAGUGACCUAUGGUUUUCAACAAAGUACGAAUAUCGGCCUUUUGUAGAUAUGGUAAAAUUUUCAAAACAACUAUUUUGAGGCUAUUGGUAUUUGAUAUUUUCGUGUUUUUCCAUUUGGUAGGUUAAGUUAUGUUAGGUUAUCUGUUAACUGGUUACUGUUAUCAAAAUUAUAUCACAAAUAAGAAAUGUUCUAAAAUUUAAUACAAUGGACAUUAUAAAGUGGUCUAAAAAACAAAUUUGAGACCAAUACUUUAGUUUUUUUCUUCAUAAGCGUUUUAAGAUCAAAUUUUGAUGAAUAUCGUAAUAAUGAUGGCAUUUAAAAUUAAUAAGUCUUACCGAACUACGCUAUGUAUCGUUUUUCGUUAGUAGUGGUUUAUCGUUAUGUAUAGGUAUAACCGAAAUAACUUUAUGUAUCCUCUAUUCAUGCAUUUUAAUUUCUUUUUGAAAAAAAAACAUUAUGAUAAUGGGAAAAAUAUUUAAUAAAACAUUCAAGUUAAACUUUCCCCUAAAAUUGACUUAAGUCGAUCUAAAGACUGACAGUUUCAUUAUUUUAUAAAAAUUAUCGGACUUUUUUUUUUAACAAGCGUUUUGAAAUCAAAUUUAAACGAAAAUCGCAAAACAAAUUACUGCACUUCAAAUUAUGUAUUACCGAACUACGCUCGGAAUCGUCUUUUGUCAAGUUUGGUGUUGCUUACAAAUAUAAAUGAAAUAACCUUAUGUAUCCUACCUUACUAACUUCUCACCUACAACAGUGGCCACACCCAUCCCCAAUUUCAACUCUUUUUUUUUUUCCUGUUGUGUUCGUAAUUGUCAGAACAAGAUUGGAAUGAAAGAAAAUUUUUUAAAAAUUUACUGGAAAAUUUAGAAAUUUGGAUGGAAGUUUUGUAUUUUAGAUUCUGAGAAUCAAGAAAUGUAUGUAUGGGUUUUAUAGUGUUUUUUUUUUCUGGGAACAACUUUUCUAUCUUAAAACUUGAUUCGAUUUUCAAGUGUAACACCUUUUGUGAAAGGAAAUUUUAUCUGGGUGGUACUUUAAUGAGGUCGUUUUUUGAUUUUUCAAGAGGUUUUCUUAUUAAUUUGACAAAAUGUAGGAAAAUUUACAAAUUAAUUAUUUUCAAUUUUGUUUUUUUGUUGUAUAUCAGUUAAAAAUAUUUUUAGCCAUUUUUAAGCUAUUUAUAGUUAAUUUUAAGUAGUUCUUUAUGAUACAAAGAAAAAAAAUAAAUGUAAUCUAUAAUUUUAUUUUUUAUAGGAACCAUAAAGAACCAUAAUGGAUUCAACAUUUAGAUUGCCUUUAGUACUUAAACCACUACCAAUGCAAAUUGAGGUUUUACUUUUUAAAGACAUUUUAGAAGAAAAAACAGCUGCUUUGCAGAAUAUAUUAACUGAAUUUUUAAAAGUACAACCUCACCAAAAAUUUAAUGCUGAAUUUUCCAAAUUUUUAAAACGUACAAAACGUAUCAUACAAGAAGGUCAUCGCAAUGGUUCAAAUAUCUCACGAAUCAUUAGGUCAUCAUCAAGUCUGUACAUUCCACAAACAAAUAUGUCUGUGAUUGGUUCUAACAGCAGAAGAGCAUUUAAAGUACCAGAACCUAAUGUACAGUCUAAUAAUCUGCCUCAAAACCGAAAAGGUAACAUGCAACCAAUAAUGCAGUUAUCUCAUAAUGAUAAUACAUGUUCGACAAGUUCUUUUCAGCCUCAUGUUUUAUGUCCCACUAUAAAUGAAAAAGUCCAAGAAGAAAGCCUACCUAGUACUUCAGUUACUUUAACAAAUUCUACAAAUAAUCAGUCUACUCAUGUUUCAGUCCAAAACAUACCACCUAAACGUAAUUUUUAUCCUGAUGUACCUGUAAUUGAGAAUAAAUUAGAAGGUUCACAAAAAGAUGAUUACAGUAAUUCCAUAGAAUGUCUUCUAGAUAAUGUAGGUUUUAAAAAUAUUUGUAGGAAGACUGACGAAAGUAACAUGUCUAAAAACAGUGAUAAGCCAACUUGUUUGGGGAAUGGGGAAAAAUACUUAUCUAAGUGGUCUGUAAAUAUGAAACGUAUAAAGUCAGUUUACAAAACUAAAGUUCUUUUGGCUAUAACAGGUAAUACAAUUUGUUUUUGUUAUUAUAAUGUAUAUGUAUUUAAUUAUAAUAUAAUUAUUUGGUUGUAUUUAAUUUUUAGGAAGUUUAUUAAGUGAUAAUCAAAUUACAAUAGAAGAAAGGUUUCAUGAUGCUGGAUUUUUAGAAGGAAGAAUGGAAAAUAAUUUGAUUAAAACUACAAAUGGAAUAUACAAUUUAAUUGGCAAUAUUAUUGGUGGAUCUCCAAAUGAAUUAUAUCAUGUAUUUUUAGAAGUUGGUGGUAUCCCGAGGACUUGGAGACAUAUUGUUAACGAAUUGACUAAAAAUAAAAGUGAUAAUAAAACCGCAACAUUAAAUUUUGCUUUGGAAUCCCUUGCAAGCCCAAGUAUGGCAAGACAAAAUGAAGUAAAAUCAAAUCUUGAUAAGAAACCAAAAAAUAAAGUAAAACGAAAAUGUUCUGAACAAGACUUAAUUGAAACAAAUAAAAGUAAGCAACGUAAAUUAACCAAGAAAUUACCAUCAUUGAUGACAUCAACAUCACUUAAAACAACAAAAAAAGACUACAAUUUAAGUGAAAGCCCGGAAAAAGGACUUCUGAAAGAUCUGGUAUAAUUAAUUGGAUAUUUAUUAUUCUUUUAUAUUCAAUAUUAAAACUAAAAACUUUGAUCCAAUAUAUUGUUUAUUAAUUUGAAAAACAUUUCACCUGUGUUUGUUGACUUUUUCACUGCAACAGAUUCUGAGUGGAGCAAAGUUGUUUUUUUUUCUGUUAACAACUUUUCUACCAGCAAUUUUGCUUAGACUUUUAAUGAUAGAAAUGUUUCUAAAAGGAAAUUUCACUAGGGAAGUACUUUAAAUAGGUCGUUUUUCGAUUUUCUUAGGAGUUUUCCCAGCACAUGUAAAAAACCGGGAUAAAACUUAGGAAAAUCGGUACAAUAUUAAACAAAUAUUAUUAAGAAAAUAUAUUUAUUUAAUUUAUUUAUUUACUAUAAAAUUAUAUUUUAGAUUAUAUUAAACUUUAGAAAAUAACAGUCCUAUGAAUAUCGAUAUUGAAUAUGUACACUGUCUUUUGGCAACUCACAAGGUGAGCAGUCUGCUUAAUAAAGAUGUUAUGUAUAAAUAAUAAUAAUAAUUUUAAAUGUGUUCUAUAUUAUGUUUUUUUUCUUUAUCUCUUAGUAUAAUAAACUUGAUGAUAUUUGAACUAUUUUAUGUUAUAUUUAAAGAAUGUAAUAGUACUUCUAGAAGUAAAAGGAUUAAAUGUAAGCACAAAAAAUAAUUAUUUUGAGCUUUCAAAUUUUAGUUGAUAACUUAAUAUUAUAUUGUAAUUGCUGAAAACCCUUAAUUUUUCUAAUAAUUAUACACAAUGUUGUUAAUAUAAAAUUAUAAUAUGAUAAAUUAUUUAGAAAAAAUUUCUUUUAUCAUAAUAUUAUAUUCCGGGAUUAAUUAAUUUAAAAAUAAUUAAUAAUUAAUAAUUAUUUAAUAAUAAUAUUAAAUAAAUAGGCAAAGAAUACUAUAGAUUGUAUAUUAGUUCAUGCAUAUUAAAUGUUCAAAACUUAUAUAAAUACUAGUUAUUAAAGUUUAAAAUAUAAUGUAUAAAGGUAAAUAAUAAAUGUAUUUAUACUAGGCUUUAAAUUUAAUAUUUUUGGUCUUGUGAUUUUUAAGAUACCUAAUUAAUUUUAAAAUUAUCUUUACACAAAUUCCAAAUUAUUGAAUUAACUGAAGAACGUCGAUAAGUUAAGGAAGAAAAAGAAAAAGAACGAAAACUUGUCAGCCACCCAGUCAUGGUCUUAACUUUAUAGUAUUAGGGAUGGCAAAAAUCGUCAUUACUUCGAUAUAUCAAAUUAUCUAUAUUCAAGCUUACAUCCGUCGAUUAUAAUAUAUCUAUACCAAAUAUUAAAAUUUUUUUCGACGUUUAGAUAUCUGUGGACUCCGGUAUAUAUGUGUUUUUCUUGCUCUUGGUUCCAUGGAGAUCAAUUUCAUCAACAUCAUCUAUGAUAUUUUGAGACACAUGUCUAGGGUUCCAGCAAAUUUUAUGUAGAGAUAUUUUAGAUGAGCAUAAAAAUUAGUUUUAUUUCCUGUACUAGGGCAAAUUUUACCACACAUUCUAUAAUUGGCUGAUUAUUUGUCUACUUUAUCAAAAUGACACCAAAUUUUA